AUGAGUGAGGAUAUAAAUAAUGGAUUAUUAUUUAAUAAUCAAUAUUAUUAUAUACCAACAGAAAUAUUAGCUUUAAUUUUAAGUAAUGUUGAGGUGCAAACAUUAUAUAAACAUUGUACGUUGGUGUGUAAACUUUGGAAUGCAAUUAUUAAAGAAUGUGUGUGCAAAAUGAAAUGUGAACAAGAAUUAACGAAAGAUCAUGAAAACAAAUAUAAAUUACAAUGGUUACGAGAAAAACAAUAUCCAUAUUAUGUGUAUCAAAUAAUUAGUGUUUCAAAUAAAUCAUUUUAUAAAAAUUUAAUAAAAAAUCCAUGUGGUUCGGAUUACUUUAAUUAUUGGAUAAUGGAUAGCGAGAGUCGGGACAAUAAUUUUACGAUUGAAGAUUGCACAUUAUUUGAUAAUAAUAUUUGUAAAAUUACUAAUGAACUGAUAUCAAGUAAUGUAACUAAAUGUUUUUCAAUAAUUAACUCUGAGCUUAGUGGUAAAAUGCAAAUUAUUGAUUUAUAUAAAUAUGGAUUAACACAGCAAUUUAUUGAUGAAUAUCAACCUCCAAUUUACGUAAGCGAAUGGCAUGGAUGUCGGCGUGAUAAUAUAACAUGUUUUACUUCAAAUUUGGGUGGUUUGGAUGGAUAUUGUGGUACCAAAUUUACAAAUGCAAAUGUACAAUUGUUUUAUCCAAAUGACAUACAUUUAGACAAAGAGAUCGACGUAUAUUCACAAGAAUCAUAUCAUGAACGUUGUAAACAACAUUGUUGCAAUAACCGUUAUUCUAAACCUGGAACACGCAGUAAAGUAAACAUAACCAUUAUUGAUUAA